AUGGCGGCUGUUAUUCAGGCCCCUUCACGACAAACCCUUAGACCUGAGUUGGUUUUUAAAAUUGAUGGACUAACUAGCAACGUGAAUGAUGCAAUUUUCAUUCCUGGUAGAGACUCAAUCGUAACAGGGUCGGAGGAUCGUACAUUGAGAAUUUGGGUUAGAAGAGAAACAGGAAAGUUCUGGCCGACGGUCAUUGAAUUGUUACCCAGUCCUGUAACAUGCAUCACAUAUGCAUCUGCGACACAGAAAUUAUUUGCUGGUUUAGAAAAUGGAACUGUAGUAGAAUAUGAUGUUUCUGGAGAUCUGAAUCAUGUGGAGCACAAAAGAGAUUAUCUUUCACAUACAGCAAGGGUAAACGGAAUAGUAUGCACACCAGAUAUGGGUUGGAUUGUGUCAGCUUCAAAAGAUCGUACAGUUGCUUGGUACUCAACUAGCAGUGGAAGACAAAUAUGCUUACAUACCCUGGAGCACUCGGCAACAUGCUUGGAGUACGAUGUUGGUUCCCAUUAUGUUUUCGUUGGUGAUAGUAGCGGUCGAAUUACUCUUUUGAGCAUCAAUCAAACCAAUGGUCAGGUACAGUGUCGUGUCAUUCGUGAACUGCGUGGUCAUGAGCACUCGGUAACCUAUCUUGCUUGGGACAGCACAAAUUCGCGUUUAUUUUCUUGCAGCAUUGAUCAUUCAGUCAUCUUUUGGGAUAUUGGUGGUGCUAAGGGCUCGGCUUUUGAAUUGCAGGGGCAUACGAAAGAAGUGUCUUCAAUAUACUGGUGGAGUAUGGGCGAUUCUUUAACCAAUGUUAAAGAUAAUAAAUAUAAGGGACUGCUUAUAUCCGGUGGUCUUGAUGGAUAUAUUAUUUUUUGGGUAAUGGAUCCUUCGCGUAUUGAAACUCCAAACUGGUCUGAAUCAGAUAUUUGUCAUAUCUGCAGCGGCCCGUUUUUCUGGAAUGUUCGUAAAAUGUGGAACAACAUGUCAGUUGGCGUGCGCCAGCAUCAUUGUCGCCGAUGUGGGCAUGCAGUCUGUGAUAAAUGUUCGCCUUAUCGUUCAACUUUGCCUUGUAUGGGAUUCGAAAGGGAUGUUCGUAUUUGUAAUCAGUGCUUCCCUUCAAUAACUGACUCCGAUCGUCGAAGUCUUGCUGUUUUGUUCGAUGCGCGUCAUCCUGUUACAUGUGUUCGAGUGGAAGAAUCUUUGAAUCUACUUCUUACUGUCGGUAAAGAUCGAAUCAUUAAGGUGUGGGACAUCAAAGCAUUUUCUUCGAAUUCGCAUACAUGA